GAUCAAAAAUCCAGGCGGAAACUCGCUCUCGCACGUUACUUUUUCUCUUGUCACGUUUUUCUCCAAAAUUCAACCGUCAAAAUUAAUUACAAUUUUACAAUUAAGGUCAAAUUAAUUAAGUACCCGACAACCACACCCACCUAAAGUGGUUUUAAAAAGGUCAAAUUAAUUAAGUACCCGACAACCACACCCACCUAAAGUGGUUUUAAAAAGGUUGAAUUAAUUAAUCACCCCACAACCACACCCACUUAACUAAACCGAUUUACACCAUGACAUCCGCACGACGAGCAUUUUUCAACACUUGGGACAAGGAUUGUUCCACUUUGGAAGAAAUGUUUAAACCGGUCAAUCAACGCUUCCCCGGUCCAGCCGGUCUACUUCCGGUUCUUCGCCCGGAUGAAGCCCCCCUCUUACAAAAUCCCUCGUCCGACUUGAGGAAACAAAUCUCAAACAUAAUUUCCGCCGGGGUGCGGUUAUCAAAGAACAAUUCGUCCCCUUCGAAAUGGUCUGACACCGUGUCAGAGUCCACUUUGGGAGGUAAAAAAACCAGAAAUUUAUCGCCACCUGGACGAAAUCAAGAAGUUUACAAGAUGGACAAACGACCUUGGCGAGAGUUGGUGAAACAUCUCCACUUAAAUCCGAACGACCCGGACGGAAUACUUAAUAAGAUGAAUGUCGACUGGCUCAAAAAUGCGUCAUUAACAAUCGAGACAAAAAUCCCAUUUCUUGCCCUCGUCGUAAAAGAAGAACCGGAAGUAUUAGCAGAAAAACAAGCACUUUCCGGCAAACAGAAAAAUCCCAGCCUUCGACUCAUGGAUUGUUCCGGAAGUAUCGUGGCGGCCUUGGACUCCGCUUUUGUGGAAGAAUAUGCCUCCGAAUUAUCGGCAGGGACGGGAAUCGCCGUGAAAAAUGCACGUUUCAUCCCUCUCAGAGCCCAAGUAAUUCUCGUCGUGAACAAGAGCAACAUAAUUUGUGUCACAUCUCUCAAAAAACCGGAAAAAGUUGUCCCUUGCGAAAAAAAGAUCAAAUUUGUGAGUCGUAAAUCAACCCCGAUCAGCAGGACGAAUGAUCACUCACCCGGAAGUGGGGACGAAAAUACGCCAAAAAUCACGGAAAACAAGGAUGGCAUCAGACUCUUGGUGUUUUCCGAUUUUUGUAGUCAAACUGCUCUCCAAGAGUUCGAAAAUAUUCAAAUGAUAGCAGCAACCAAGAAAAAUACGCAACAACCUUCACUACUCUUUGGGGCACAGAAUUCCACAAAUUUGCCCAGAUUCACUCCUCCCACUCCACUUUCACGCCCGUUUUCUGCAAACUCGGUCCUCCCCACCCCGCCGGCGACUCAAGAUGACGAUUUCUCCUCCAUGUUUGGCGACGAAGACGACGAAGAUUUACUCUUGGCCUUAGAAGCGGUCGACUUUCUCAGGGAUGACGAUAGUAAAUAGUGAUAAGAUAAGCUAAAACCUCUUUUAGAUCUUAUACAUACACAUAUAUUUAAAUUAGUUUAAAUUAACGAUACGUGCGUAUUUUUGACCAAUGCUAGUUUAUAGCGCAAUUAAUCUCGUCACGUGACUACAAAACAAUUCUUUAGACGUGCAUUGUACAUAUAGAUAAAUAUGUAGCGCACCUUGUCUCAUUUAAAUAUUAAGCAUUUUUCUACCAAUCAACUAUAUUCAUACGUACAAAAAAAUAUGACAAAAUAAGUAAAUAAAUGGCGAAAUAAUGCAGAAUAUUAACAA